CCAUAACCAAGAUCUUUAUUCAUUUUGAAUCAGACCUAGUUGCAGAAGACCAUGGCUUCUUUUUCGGUAGAAGAAUUUGUUGGCAAUGGAGUCCUGAAAGAAUUGCUGCCAAAACUAUUAGAUGAAGGAUGGGACGAUGUGCCAACCAUGAAGCUUAUGAACGCGGAGGAUAUGGAUGCAGUUAACAUGACACAACAGCAAAAGGAUGCCAUGGAAAUCAGGUCAUACCUGCAUGAUCGUCUUCUGAUGCAAUAUGGAGAUAGACUAGAAGCCUCUAAGAAAUGCCUUCCUGAGAUCCUCAACUUAAGCCAUGAGGAUUUGUCUUCACAGUUUGGCAUGAAGAGGGGACAUAUUGCUCGUUUCAUGGACAGAACCAACCCAUGUACGGAGACUUUGCCUAAACCGUACAAUCUCCCUUCAAGGCAAUUCUCCAGCACAUCAUCUGGAAAAAGCAGCACUUUCAAGAGUUAUGAGUCUAUGAAUUCCAAUAAGAUGAAAAGUAUGCAAAGAAUCCCUGUAUUCAGAAACAGUCCAAGUUAUGACAAAUCCGUUGAAGGAUCACUGGCUGAUUUCAAAAUUAAAGAUGGAUAUAUCUUCAAAGGGAUUGUUGCCUCGGCUCCUGCUGAGCCUAGAGCCUGUGGUUGUGUACAACCUCCUCCUGUGGUUGAUAACGUGGCUCCUUAUUCUGUUAUUGAAACCAUAUCAGUUCAGAAACUAGCUCCUGAGUAUAAGAUUGGGAUGGAGCGCCUGGUGAAAUCGAAAACUCCUCCCAUGAAGGCUUCAGAAUUAUGGCGGGAUAAGCCUGCUAUCUUGCUUUGCAUUCGAAGACCUGGGUGCAUAAUGUGCAGAGCUGAAGCGCACCGGCUCUAUGCCAAAAAGCCAAUAUUCGAUGCACUAGGAGUUCAACUAAUUGCAGUUCUUCACGAGCAUAUAGAAUCAGAGGUAAAAGACUUCUGGCCCCGAUAUUGGGGAGGAGUUGUAGUCUUCGACCAGGGAAUGGGAUUCUUCAAAGCUCUAGGAGGUGGGAAACUGCUCAAGGACAAGUUCAUAUCAGGAUUUGUUUUGAAUCCCAGGGCCAUUGCAAAUUACAGGCGUGCAAAAGCUAUGGGGUUAGAGCAAAACUUUAAAGGAGAAGGUGAAAUUAAGGGUGGGCUCUUUAUAGUUGGCCCUGGAAGAACUGGAAUUGCAUAUGAAUUUAUUGAGAGGAAUUUUGGUGAUUGGGCACCUGUAACAGAACUAAUUGAGAUCUGCACGCAACUGCAGAACCAACAGCUGGGUCAAGAAGAAUCUUAUAAAUCUGAAAGGGAAUAUGAAUAUGUUCACAGAUUUUCCAAGUUUACAACUUCAGAUUCAAAAAAAUAAAAUAAAACUUCUAUCCUUGUCAGAAAAAAUAAAAUACUUAUGAUUUCCAGCAUUCUUUUAUGAAAAACCAGAGUACUUACUUUCUGAUUCUUUAAUGUGGUUUGUAUUCCAUUAUACGGCGCAGAUAUUCCUUUUUUCCUUUGUAACUUGAUAGAGUGUUCCCCUCCAUGUAAAAUAUAUCACAUGUAAACUC